UUUGGACCGUUCGGAAUUCAACUAUUUGCGUUACCUUAAGGUUAUUGUAAAGACUUCUGGGACGUUCAUUUCACGCACUAAUACUUGGCUUACCAUAUCUAUAUGUUAUCUAAUAAUGAUCAAUGAAAGGAAGUGAAAUAUUGGGGUAUAUGCGUAGUUGAACAUGGUCGAAGAAGAAACUUAUCUACCAGAAAAUCAUCCACUACAAAAAUAUUUUCGAGAUAUUGGAGUUUCAGAUGCUGUGUCAUAUGAAAUUUCCAAGAAGCCUAAUGCGUUAUCAGUGUUAAGAUUUUCUUCUCAUUUGCUGCCGUUUUUGAAGUGGAUAAAAUCUUUAAACUUUUCACUUCCAUUUUGGUUCAGCUCACCACUCAUAAGGCUAUUUUGGCUUCGGAAUGUUAAUUUAAUACGAAAUAGUGAUUUGCUUAUUGCUGAGAAUAAACUUGUAGUUGAGUACAUAUGCUGUACAGGAAACAGAGAUCAGACCAGUUUAAAGAGAUGGAUCUUUGCAAUGUUUCCCAUUCUCGCUGGGUUGGCAUUUUAUCAUUCUAUGUACAUGGCUUCCGUAUUUCUUAUGAUUAUUUCGUGUUUACUCAUACCCGAUAUAUUUCUUCUCAUGGUGUCUGAGGGUUGUUUAGCCUCAGCAUUGAAACAGAUGAAGAAUUUCUUCCAAGGAUAUCGUUCCGUUGUUCUUUUCCUACAAGAUCUAAACACACGCCGGUACUUCGGUCCCAAGAUUGUAGAUAAGGAAACAUUUAAACUGUUUCCUCUAAUAUACCACCAGACAUACAGUUUUAUGCAGAUAUAUCUGGCUGAAUUAGUUGAUUUUUCUGUCAAAUUAGCUGAUUUCAUUGAUGAAAAUGAUACAGAUGUACCUUUGGAAAUUUUAACUUCAGAACUUGUGCAGUUAAAGUUUGAUGUGAAAGAUGCAUCUAAAGAUCCUAGCAUUGAGAAUUUAAAAAUGUUUUGUGAAUUAUCAAAAAUUUUGGUCUCCGACCUCUUAAUCAGACUGUCAUUGAGCUUUUGUCAACGAACAUGCAAUACAUGUCAUAUAUUUCACCGAAGCAGAUUAUUAUGGAAGUGGAAUUCUUUUCUGAAUAGAAUAAAAGAUCGAUUUGACAAGAUGAAUGAAUUGCAUACAAUGAUUUUGAAUGGCAAGUUAACAAAUGGGAACAAUAAUGGUAUUGUAAAAGAUUGUUCAUCUCAAGAAAAUGAAAAAAAGAGUUUGUAUAACCCACUAGCUCGAAUAACUAAUGAAUUAUUAUUGCAUUUGCUUGUUUCAGUGGAACAUGCUAACAAUCUGAAAUCUUACAUCGAACUGAAGGAUAACACAACACCUUCAGAUGAAACAUUCUCCAAAUUACUUAAUCUUGUUCGUUGUCAGCUAAAUGCAUCUGUGAUAUUUUUGAAUGAACUGGAUAGUAGUGUACAAGGUGCAGACAAUGUUGAUGUUUCAAAUGGGAACCAGGAAAUAGCUGAUGCAGACUUUCUAUAUUGCCGGGAUGCUAACUCAUCAGGCAUAAAUGUUGUGGCUGCGGAGGAUCCUGUUGUAGAAGAUGAUGUAUUAGAAGAUAUUGCAGUUGGAACCUCCUCUGAUGAUGAAUCUGAAACAGAGCAUAAAAAUAAUGGAGAUUUGGAUUCAUUAAAGAAUCCUUCAUCUGUAAUGCAUCCUUGUGUAUUGAAAGAAUUGAAGAAUGUGAUCUCUCAUCGUCGAUUAAUUAUGCAAGAACGUGAAGAUUGUGCCAUAAAACGACGUUUGUUAACAGAUUGUCCCGAAGAUCAGAAGGAAUAUUUAUCUAUUAAUGGUACCGAUCCAUCUGUACGAAAGGAGUCACAAAUUGUCUUACCACAAAACUGUAGCAGGGUUAUUCCUUCUCGUGAGUUUGUGAAGUAAGCUUCUCUUCACCCGUUAGAUUUGACAGACAGUGGCUGAAUGUCCCUGUAUUUAUAACUUCGUUGUGUUAGAUUUCUUUCUAUUUGUAUUUAAACGCUUAAAGAUAAGUGGAUUUUAUUGGUUUGUGAAAUAGCUUACUUUUUGCUAUCACUUCCUAUCGAUUUUCUAGACUCAAUUUACUUUGGAGAAUGGUCAUGGUGUAGAUGAUAAUGCAUACCCUAACGUAGAUGUUAAACUUUCAGAAUUCUUUCCAACUCGUUUGUAUAAUUCAAUGUAUCAAGACUUCAAAUCAUGUAUUCCUUUUACUCGUCGAAAUUUAAAAUCCAGUGUUCUCAAAAGAAAUAUGAUUUUCACUCAGUUUUCAUCUGUUACUUUCAAAGAUUAUGCAAGUCAAAAUUAUAAAAAUUCUUUGAUGUUGACAAAUAUUUCUCAGUCUGAAAACUUAUCUGAUAAAAGAGUUCUACAGUGUUCAUCAUUCGCGAAUGCCUUGUUUGCACAGCGUAAACUUCUUGGCUAUGCUGAUGAGGAUUGUUUCACUGGGAUCGGUUCAGGAGAAAAGUUUGACGAAGUUGUAGAAGAGAUUUCUUCAAAGAAUUCAUAACGCAUUAUUAUUACUCUUUUUGCAUUAGUUUUAUCAUCAUAAAUAAUGUAAAUCAUGGAAUACUUUUCAUACCUUUGGGUAUGGGUAUGCAAGAUUUUCUGGAUACAAUUUUCUACUGUUUUAAUGGUAUUUAUACUAUAUGUGGGCGUAUUUUUACCUUACUUGUACAUUAGACUGAUUGUCGAUCAAAAUGAAUGAAAAGAGCGAAGUGUGAGCCUACUGACUGUAUACAUUGCCAAAUACAUUUCAUCAUAUGCAUAUUUCUGUUAAUGAAGUUGAAAGACAGACAAGAACAGCAAUUUGAGAAGUAUUACUGCACUGUUUUGUACGUAUUGACUUCUAACCAACUGCUUGCAACCUAGAAUAUUUAAAUAUAAAGCUAUGAGAUGUGUAAUAUAAAGAUGCGAAUAGUUGUAGUUAGUGGUUUAACACACACCCAGUCCGUUAUGAGAUCCUAGUAACCAAGGCAAAGAAAGUAAUAGUAAUGUAAGAAAGUGUGCCAAAACAUCAUGAUUACGUAGACUAUUCAGUUGGGAACUUUCGGAAAUUGACUAAGGGUAACAGAAAUAUAUUAUGAAACUUAGAACUGUAUGAUUAUGUAAUUGAGUCGAAAGAUGAAGAAAAUGUGUGGAAUUCAGAGAAAUCAAAUCCCAG